AUGGCGGCUACUCUCCUGCAAGACUCCGUCUUUGGCCAUGCAAUCCGCAUCCUCACUAGAAACCGAUGUUUUCGGUAUGCCGAAGAGAGAGACUCCUCACUAUGGAAACGAUAUAUCAGCUUGGAGAAGUCCGGCCAGAUGGCGCACGGGGGUCGAGUAGACUCGGCCAUCAAAGUCCCUGACGAAGACCACCACUCGCCCCGCGAACACAUGUCGAGAAUCCCCUCAACGGCCUGGGAACACAGAGGUCACAAUUUCCAAGGCUUGACGGGCGUACGAAUCAAUCCCGAGAAAGGCAAAGACGUCAAUGUCAUCGACUGGUGGGACGACAACGACCAAGAGAACCCCCAGAAUUGGCCGCUGUGGAAAAAGGUCUUCGUUACCUUGGAGAUUUGCCUCCUGACCUUCAGUGUCUAUAUUGGAAGUUCCAUCUUCACCCCGGGAAUUGUGACCGUCACCAAAGAAUUCCAGAUCAGUCAGGUGGUCGCGACGCUGGGAUUGACGCUCUUCGUGGCGGGAUACGGACUGGGCCCGUUGAUCUGGUCGCCCAUGAGCGAAAUCCCCCAGGUUGGACGUAACCCCGUCUACAUCGCGACCCUGAUCAUCUUUGUCUGCCUGCAGGUGCCGACGGCGCUCGCCAAAAACCUGGGCACAUUGCUGGCGUUCCGGUUCCUGACGGGCUUCUUCGGCUCUCCCGCCUUGGCCACCGGCGGCGCAACCAUCUCCGACAUGUUCCGACCCGCCAAACGCGCCUACGCCAUCGGCAUCUGGGGCAUCAGCGCGGUCUGCGGGCCCGUCAUCGGGCCGUUGGUGGGCGGCUUCGCAGCGCAAGCCAAAGGCUGGACCUGGACAAUCUGGGAGCUGAUGUGGCUGUCGGGGUUCUCGCUGGUGCUGCUAAUCUUCCUGCUGCCCGAGACCUCAUCAGCCAACAUCCUGUACCGGCGGGCGCGACGGCUCCGCAAACUCACAGGACGAGAAAACCUGAAGAGCGAGCCGGAGAUUGAAAGCGAGGGUCUGAUGGGCCGCGAGCUGGUUAUGAUCACGCUGGUGCGCCCGUUGACGCUCAACUUCCUCGAACCAAUGGUCUUCCUGCUCAAUCUCUACAUCGCGCUCAUCUACGGGCUCCUGUACGUGUGGUUCGAGUCCUUCUCGAUCGUCUUCGAGGGGAUCUACGGCUUCAACCUGGGCCAAGAAGGGCUAGCCUUCAUCGGCAUCCUGACGGGCGCCGUCCUCACCAUCCCGCCCUACUACUGGUGGAUGUACAAGUACCUGGAGCCCAAGUUCGACGAGAACGGCAACGUCGCCCCGGAAGCCCGCCUCCCGCCCGCCAUCGUCGGCGGCUGCUGCAUCCCCAUCUGCCUCUUCUGGUUCGGCUGGAGCGCCCGCCCAGAUAUCCACUGGAUCAUGCCCAUCGUCGGCUCUGGCUUCUUCUCCAUCGGCGCCUUCCUCCUCUUCAAUCCCGUGCUGAACUACCUCCCCGACGCUUACCCGACUUACGCGGCGUCCGUGUUGGCCGGUAACGAUCUCUUCCGCUCGGCGUUCGGCGCCGGAUUCCCGUUGUUCGCUUCGGCGAUGUAUAAGAAUCUCGGUGUUAAUUGGGCGAGUUCCACGUUGGCGUUCUUGUCUAUCGUGUUUAUCCCGAUUCCGUGGGUGUUGAUGAAGUAUGGGGAGACGUUGAGGAAGAAGCACAGUCGGUAUGCGAGGAAGGAUAUCUAGAUAUAGAUUUUGGGAGUAAAGUAAGGGCGUUGAAGGGUGAUGAAAGGAUAGAGAAGGUGCUGUGCUGUACUUCUUGGGAGGCGUACACGGGCUGAAGACAUACACGACUCACGAAGUGAAAACGUACACGAUUCAAAAGACGAAGACAUACACGAUUCAAAAGAUUUUGAUAGAUCAUCAUUAAUAUAUAGCGAAUGUACCAUAUACGGCUUACAGG